AUGGCUUUAAAAAAAGGGGGCAUAUAUCCAUUUGACAGAAACGUAGUUGCAGAUGAAAAAUUUGAUCCAGAAUUAUUGAAAAGGUUCAGGGAACAUAAAACGAUACCAAAACAGAUUCAGACAUUAAAAAAGUUAAGUUUGGCGGCCGUUACCCAAGAGUUGAGCAUUAGCAAAAAUCCCAUAGCAGCGUCAUCAAAAUUAGUUUUGCCAAACCAGGAGAUGAAAUUUGAUCAGUCUAAUGAUUCAAAGAAAGCUAAGAAACAAAAGAAGUGUUUUGAUUAUGACGAAGAAUCUGAAAGUGAAUUAGAUAUUAGUUUUGCUGAAUUUUCCGGUUCUGCUGAACUUUCUGAUGAAGAUUUUGAUACAUAUCGUGAAAACUUUUUAGCGGAAAUAAAAAGUGAUGAUAACUUUCUCGAAGAUUUGUUGCCAGCCACAACAGAAGAAAAAGAAAAUGACAAAUCUUACGUAAAUAAUGAUGUAGACACUACAAAUACUGAACAAUUUGAACCGAAUUUAAACAAAAAGAACCUAGAAGUUAGUGAUUGGAUACUAGUAAGAUUCACAACAAAAAAAUCUGUGAAGUAUUUUGUGGGGACCAUCAUUUCUAUUAAUGACAAUAACAUUCCUAACGUCAAAGUUUUAAGAAAAAUAAAAAAUAGUAAAUUUGUUUCCUUUCAUUAUCCAGACGUGGAUGAUAUAUCAGAAGUAAAGAAUAAUAUAAUGUUCCUUGAAAAGCCUGAUAUAUCUCGAAGAGGGCAUAUUACUUUCAAAGAAAAUUUUAUAAUGUAUAGAAUUCAGUGA